AUUUUGAUAAGACUUUUUCGAUUUUUUCGUCAACCGAAAAAAACUUAUGCGAAUUGUUCUUUUAUUUUCAGUUAAUGUCAUGCAAUUAUCGACCACCAUGUUUCUUCUACUAAUAUAUACUUUUUUAACGACAGCUGAUCACCAUGAAGAGGAAAUAAAAUUAAAGCAAGUGCUCGAGGACCGGCAUUUCGUUAAAAUGGAACCAUCAAUGGCCUCGAAAAAACAAUUCAAUACGUUUAUGGAUUUGCUCUGCAUAUCUACAGCGGAUAUGCCACAUUCCGAGUACAUGACAAACUACAUUGCGUGGGAAGAAGUCGAAUUUAUGGAUGGUAUCCAAGAGUUUUUGGAGCCAUCGGAUCUGCCUACCGGACAUCAUCCUUCAUUAUAUCAUCACUUAGGACACAACUUUGCUUCAAAUUGCACCUUAAAAGAUGAAAAGUAUAUUCGUCAAGCUCACGACGUUAUAGAUGAUCAUACGAAAUUUGACAACUAUAUGUACGAUCAGAUGACAAGAAAAGAGUGGACCGAUCUUAAUCUGUAACUUUUGUCUUUAGUAUGCCUUGAUUUUGCCUUCACAUUGCCUGAACUGUGCCUUGAACUCCUCGAUUCAAAAAUUGUAUAUUUAUAACCAAGAAUUUUUAAAACGUGAUAAACUGGUAUUUUUUCU